UUUAAAUAGCGGCUGUCUGGCUUAAUUUCGGACAGUCUUCCCUUGAUCGCUGAACGAAUAAGUCAAAGAAAUCAAAAUGAAGGUUUUGAUUGCCAUCUGUGUGUUGAUCGGCCUGGCCUCCGCUGAUGUUUUUUCGCUGGACCCGGACGACAGGCCGAAGUUUAUGGAGGAGUGCGCCAAGGAGCUGGCUAUUCCCAUGGAUCUGAUGGAGAAGUACCUGGAGGUUAAGCACUCUGAGGAUCCCAAGGCCAUGUGCUACUACCGAUGCAUCUUGUACAGGAUCUAUCUGGGCAACCUUAUUACCGACUACACCGAGGAGGUCCAUGCAGACUUGGCCGCCUGUAUGAACAAUAUAACCAGCGAUCCAAUGCCUGCGAGCACGGUUGCCAGAUGUGGCUCUUUUGAGCCAAAACUGGCUCUUUUUUUUUUCUCGUUGGCUCUUUGGCCCUUUUUUAUUGAAUUUGGCUCUGGAAGUGGCAACCGUGCCUGCGAGUGAG